CAUCAGUUUCCUAAAGGCAGUUGAUGAUGUGGCGUCUCUCUGUAACCUGUCUCCUGCUCUGUGUCUCUGUACACACGGCUCACAGUGCCAUUUACAAUCAGAGAGGCACAGAGGGGAGUUACAGUGUUCUCUUCUGUGAAAAUAACGGUAGUGUGAUUUGGAGUAAAGGUGUUGAUGGAGGGGGAGGGAGGAUCCUCACUGCUCAACAUGGAGAAGAACCCAUUAAACUCAACCCUGAUCCAGAUCACAGAUACAAUGUGACAAGUGAAUUAUCACUCCAGAUAAAGGAUCUGUCUCUCUCAGACUCGGGGAUUUACUACUGUAACGCUGUUCCUGUAGUCAAUCUGACUGUCACUCCAUUAAAAGCCAGAGUCAAUCAGAGAGGCACAGAGGGGAGUGACACUUUUCUCUUCUGUGAGAAUGAUGGUAAAGUGAUUUGGAGUAAAGGUGUUGAUGGAGGGAGAAGGGACAUCCUCACUGCUCAACACGGAGAAGAACCCAUUAAACACAACCCUGAUCCAGAUCACAGAUACACUGUGUUAGAUGAUUUAUCACUCCAGAUAAAGGAUCUGUCUCUCUCAGACUCGGGGAUUUACUACUGUAACUCUGUUCCUGUAGUCAAUCUGACUGUCACUCCAUUAAAAGGUUCCUCCACUAAAUCCUACACAACUGCAUCUACCAUGAACAACACGGACAGCGUCAGUGAGGAGAACGAGUCCACACAGACGACUCCGACUAGAAGAACCAGCACCAGAGUGACUCACACUGAAAAUGGAGCUUCUCAAAGCAACAUUCCCAAGAGCAGUACAGAAGAUAUCUGGACUACAGGUUCCUCCACUAAAUCCUACACAACUACAUCUACAAUGAACAACACGGACAGCAUCAGUGAGGAGAACGAGUCCACACAGACGACUCCGACUAGAAGAACCAGCACCGGAGUGACUCACACUGAAAAUGGAGCUUCUCAAAACAACAUUCCCAAGAGCAGUACAGAAGAUAUCUGGACUACAAGUGAGUAUGAGAGAUCCAGUCCACUUUUCACACAUGAUCAGAAGUUUUUCUGAAAAAGUUACAUUUCACCAUGUCCUGAAAGAGCAUGUAACAUCAUGGGAAUAAUCUGUGAUUACACUGUCACAGUAUGGAAUAUGUGUAUGAGUAAAUGAGCACAGUAUCAGACUGAUACACAACACCAGUAUCAGUAUCGAUGUGUUUCUAAUAUCAUAGUCUGUCUGUUCUAUU